AUGCGACCGCUGCUCUCUCGAAUCCGAUUAGUCCAGUCCACACCCGCACGCAACUUUUCUGUUUCAUCGAGGCGCAAUGAGAUUAGAGACAUUGAUGCGCUCCCUCCGCGCUUGAUACCUUCAUACCAAGAGUCGAACGAUAAUGACCUUCUCUCUCUUCAGUGGCCUGCGCCUCCCCGGAACAUUUUGGUCGUGAAGAAGGAGUGUGUCCCGAAGGUGACUGAAUCUCUCAUCGAGUUCAUCAGUCACACAACGUCUACCUACCCCUCCAUCGGUGUUAUAUUAGAACCUAAGGUUGCGGAGGAAAUACACUCGUCGCUGCCGUUUCCCGUUUACUCUGCUCCCCCGGACAAAUUACCAUCUGCAUUGCAUAAGAAAGUGGACCUUAGUGUGACCCUUGGCGGAGAUGGAACGAUCCUACAUGCUUCUUCUCUGUUUGCCACGUGCGCUAAUGUCCCCCCCAUGCUGUCCUUCAGCAUGGGCACGCUAGGGUUUCUCGGUGAAUGGAAGUUUGCGGAAUAUAAACGUGCCUUUCGCGAAGUAUACAUGUCUGGUGCGGGAGUCGGGGAUCGGGCCUCUAUUCUCGGAGCGCCUCAGUCCAUGAACAUGGCGGACGGAUCGCAAGAACCGCAGGGUGAACCCGCGGGGUGGUCAUCGGUUCGUGGGAAGUCUAUGGGGAUUACUCGUGGAACUCGUAUCUUGAUGCGGAAUCGACUCAAAGUUGGGCUCUUUACUGCUGAUGGCAACCCGGUGGAGUCGGCAGAGAACUCGGUACCUAAACGGGGCACGUUGGGUCCCGGGGGGGUAUAUGUAAUGAAUGAAUUACUUUUGCACCGUGGAAAAGAGCCACAUCUUGCCGUGGUUGAUGUAUAUGUUGGUGGACGAUUCCUGACCGAGGCCGUGGCGGACGGCAUGAUCAUUUCAACCCCGACGGGAAGUACAGCCUACAGCCUCAGUAGUGGUGGCAGUAUCGUACAUCCCCUCGUGCCUGCGGUUCUACUGACGCCCAUCUGCGCCCGGAGUCUCAGCUUCCGGCCACUGGUUCUGCCGUCCAGCACCCCGAUUACGCUCCGACUGAGCGAGAAGAACCGGGGACGAGAGCUGGAAGUCAGUAUCGAUGGGGUCAACAUGACCCAAGGGAUGAGGGCGGGGAUGGAAGCGCGGGUGUGGAAUGAAGAGAUGCGCCACGGCAAGAAUGAGUGGCAGGGCGGGGUGCCAUGCGUGAUGCGGAGGAUGAUGGGGGGGGAAGCGCAUGAUGGAUGGGUUGGCGGAUUAAAUGGACUGCUAAAGUUCAAUUAUCCCUUUGGCGAGGAGCCUUGAUUUUCCUUUUUUUUCCUUUUUUUUUAAACACCUAGAUGGGUAGGUGGAUGUUUCUAAUAGUGUUUCCAUAACUAUACUCCGUAUAGAGUUACUUGAUUGAUGAUACCUUGGGAUGAUACAAGUUCCAUAUUCUCUCCGCUC